GAGAUAACGCAAAAUUUUCUGUUACAUUUAACUAACAUUUUGGUCGGUUAUAUUCAUGCGAGCAACAAUGAAACAUGCAAAGUGUUGGAAUUUCAUCAUCCGAGACUGUUACUGGGUCGACUAAAGAAAGUUUUGUUUCUCGAGUCUCAACCACAAAAUCUCAGUCAAACUCUAAAAAACUGCCAACAGAUUUUGAAAUAUUGCGUAAAAACAGGCCAUCCCAAAUUUUUCAAUCAAAUUUCGCAAGGUCUUGAUGUGGUAGGACUGGCUGGUGAAUGGAUUACUGCCGUCACGAAUGUCAGCAUUGCAUGUCAAAUAGAAGCUCCCGUAUAUGUUUACAUGGAAGAAGUAGUUCUUAGAAAAAUGUGUUCAUUAAUAGGUUGGAAGAAUGGUGCUGGAAUUUUGACACCAGGUGGAACCAUGUCAAAUUUGUACAGCGUUUCUUUUUGCAUGCAAUUUAUCUUUCCCAAAUUGAAGUUUAACGGAUUAUCUAACGAGAAACCUUUAGUUUUGUUCACUUCAGACCAAAGUCAUUUUUCAAUAAAAAGAGCGGGAAUGCUACUGGGAAUAGGUAGAGAAAAUGUUGUUCUAAUCAAAUCUGAUGACAGAGGGAAGAUGAUGCCAGGCGACCUGCGACUGAAAAUACUUUCUUGCAUAGAAGCUAACAAAAAAGCAUUCCUAGUCUCAGCAACCAGCGGGACGACAGUUUUGGGUGCUUUUGAUCCUUUACAUGAGAUUGCCAACUUGUGCGAAGAAUUUGGUUUAUGGUUUCAUGUUGAUGCCGCUUGGGGCGGGGGUUUGUUGCUUUCAAAAACUCAUCGACACCUGCUACACGGAAUUCACAGGUUAGCUCAUUCUGUUACAUGGAAUCCGCACAAGCUUAUGGGUAUACCCCUACAAUGCUCUGCUUUUCUCGUUAGAGAAAAAAAUUUUUUGAUGGGAUGCAAUUCGGUGACUCGAGACCUUGGAAUAUUGGCUGGAGAUGAAUUCUUAGAUGAUAGAACAAUGCAAGCCUCAAGACAUAAUGAUAUUUUAAAACUGUGGUUAUCAUGGAAAGCUAAAGGGAGCAGAUUGCUGGAAAAUCAAAUUGAUAGUUUGAUGAUAUUAUCAAGAUAUAUGCAAGGACAAAUAAGCGUUAGACCAGGAUUUGAACUUGUGCUAGAAGAGCCUGAAUUUUUGAACAUAUGCUUUUGGUACGUACCUCAAAGACUGAGACAUUUGCCGCCGGGUGCGGAGAGAGAUGAUAAGCUAUCGACGAUCGCACCAAAAGUGAAAGCAGUGAUGAUGGAAAAGGGAAAAACAAUGAUAGGAUAUCAACCAUUGGGAGAUAAACCAAACUUUUUUCGAAUGAUCAUAAGCAAUCCAGCUUCUUCAGAGGAAGAUAUCGAUUAUUUAUUGGAUCAAAUACAAUUGUACGGCGAGCUGUGA